AUGGCACAGGGCUGCAGCAAAGCAGUGCAAACUCCCAGCGCUGACUCUCCAGAUAACUCUACCAGCGCAGAGUCGGUUCACACCUAUGUCUCGAGCGAUGCCUCCGUGCAGGAAAAGACACUUGCAGAACCUCGAGUCGAAGUCGUCGAGGAGAGAUACGAGGUGCUCCCUUCAAAUGCGGUGCCUUCCACCCCUCCGAGCUUCGGGAACCUGUUCCCUUCCUCCAGAAGACUCAUGAUCAAACAUGACGAUACCACGCUUGAUGGAAAUAUGAACCUCCGGGUCACCACGCUUGCGGCGGAGGCUCCAGGGCGUCAGGACGAAACAAUAUUGUUCCAUCUACGCAUGUACGAUCUUCACGAUAAGAAGUUCUCGCUUCGUCGAUACUGUCGAGAUUCGAGGAGGGAGGUCUGCCAUUCCUUGAGAAAGCCUCGGAUGCCCAAGUCGAGACCGGGGUCUUCCGGUCAUAAACACCUGGGCAAUCCCAUUUCGGGGUUUCUAUCUCAUGCAGGUGCCGGCACGAGACCGUCAAAGGGCUCGAGGAGGCCAGAUUCAGGAUAUAAAUCGGGAAUGGAUGAGGAUGAGCCCGAUGGCGGUCGAAAAUCUGCGGGAUCAGCGUAUUCCUCGAGCAAGCCUCCGUCCGCCAAUAUCAUCCAGUUGGAAUUUUCCAACUAUGCACAUGUAGAGCUCAGGAGGCGGGGUUCGACUGGUUCGAGAAGGUAUGAGUUCGAGUACUGGGGUGCAAAAUAUCAAUGGAGAAAGAUGACCCGCAAUGAUGGUGCAUCCAAGGAGAUCUCAUACCACCUUUACCAUCCAGCGACGUCAAACCCUGUCGCACAUAUCAUCCCCGAACCCAUGACACCCAGAGAGCUUUUGGUAGAGGCACGGAAGGGGGCAUGGGUCCCGUCGUCGUCGAUGUGGAUUAACGACCCGACCCUAUACGAGACGAUGAAAGAUGUUGCUGAGUGA